AUGAGAUCAUCCCCCAGUGGAUGCUGGACAUGCAAACUCAGACAUCGGAAAUGCGACCUCCAAAUCCCUGCGUGUAGGGAGUGCACUGACCGACGCCUUCCGUGCCAUGGCUACGGCCCCAAGCCUGCAUGGAUGGACGGAUCAGCUGCCGAGCACCAAGACCUUGAGCGAAUCAAAAAGGCUGUCAAACAGUAUCUCAAGAAGCUUCGGAGAGGUCAACAGAAUAAGAGCCUUGGGAGAGAUGCGGCAGUCGGAUCAUCGACUGAGCGACGGACCCGGGUCCAGGCACCGUCAGCUCCAGGCGUGACCGACCUUUCAAGUCCGUCAUCACCACAGACAGCUUUGCAUCUUGCCUAUGAUAAUUUUGAGUCCCCAGAAACGCUUGCAGAUGCUAGCAGUAGCCUCACAGUCACUCGAAGCUCAUUUCAGGACUCAGAAGCCGUACAACCUGUCUUGACAUCACAGAAUCCCACUCCGUCUUGCGUCUUGUUUCCCAGGCUGGCAUUCCUAAUCAUGUACUAUCUCGACCAUGUAUUUAUCUGGCAGUUUACUUACUACCAGUUCAAGUCAUCCUUGGGGAACAGAGGCUGGCUUCUCACAUGUCUCAGCAACGGCGGCUCGCUAUCGCACGCUGCGCUGGCACUCUCCACCUUGCAUCGAGAUGUAUCUCAGAAGAGGUGCUAUUAUAGCCAGGAAGCAUUCGAGUUCCACUCGAUGGCCUUGAGAGAGCUGCGUAAUCUCUCGCAGCACACUGAGACUGAAACGCUCCUGAAUGAUCGGGCUAAGUUCUCGGAAUUUAUAGCAGCGAGCUUGACAUUGAUUAGCUUCGAGGUGUUCAAUGGAGCUGAGUAUGAUUGGGUUCCGCAUCUCGACGCCGUCACGGCUGUCCUCGCUAUGUAUUCACCGGGUGCCUUGCUUCGGACUUCAUCUUUAUCAGAAAAUGAUUUGCCUUCUCCGAUCAAUAUCUCGGCUGACGAUGAUCCUGAAUUGCAAGGAGAUUUCAACUUUCUCGUGGCUGAAGCGUUAUGGCAUGACAUACUGGCGUGUGCAACAACGGGGCGAGUCCCACGAAUACCUUAUCGGCAAUGGCUAGAAGGCUCAAGUAUCGUAAUGGCUGACCUGAUGGGCUGUUACAACUGGGUCAUGAUUGCAAUUGGAGAUUUGGCACAUCUCAAUGCCUGGAAAAAGGAUAUGGAGCAGAAAGGGACCUUGAGCGUGCCGGAGUUAGUGAGGAGGGGUCAAAAAAUAGAAAAGGAACUACAAGACGGCAUCACCGAACUAAAACGAGCUGCGAAGGCAGGAGGGGAUAUUCGAGGCAAUGUUUCACCGGCUCCCUACGUCUCGCAUAUUUUUGCACUUGCAUCAUUAGUCUUGUCGAGCACAAUAAUCUCGGGUCCCUGGGCAUCUCUUCCGGAAGUCAAGGACGCGGUUUCAGAGUCGGUCAUCGUGCUGAGGAACUGGCCCCAAUCCGUUCCUCUCCGGGGACUUGUUUGGCCACUCUAUAUCAUUGGAUCCAUGGCCGAGGCCAGUCUACAGGGUGUUUUUGAGUCACUUCUAUAUAGAAUCCGAGAAGAGAGUGGAGGGUUUGGAAAUAGUGGUACUGUCAUUAAGCUCCUGAAGGGCCGUUGGGCCGCGCCGCCCAUUCGUAAUGAUGAUGGGCUAGAAAUGGUGUUCGAAACAGGAGGCAAUGUAUUACUUACCUAG